GCGAAGGCCAAAGGGUGCACAGAUUGUUCAUUUGUUUAGUUCUUUACAAAAAACGCAUGCGCGUUUUUCUUGCUCUGCUUUCUGCAAGCAGGACCCGGUCUAGGUCUCCGUAACUCCCCUCCUGUUAUCCCCUUUCCCUUUCCCGCUGUGAUCCUAUCAGAUGGCCCAGGAAAACCCCCAGACUGCAGGUAUGGCUACAAAUGGACCCACAGAUGGCAACGUCAUGUUUCCACACUCUGGAAUUCCUGCUUCAUCUGUCCAACUCACCAUUCGACUUCUAAUGCAAAGCCGCGAUGUUGGUAGUAUUAUCGGCAAGGGUGGCGCAACUAUUUCCAAAUUCCGUAAUGAGAGCCAUGCACAUAUUAAUAUUACCGAUGGCGGAACUGAACGCAUUGUUACCUUAACUGGAACAACUGAUGCCAUCUUUGCGGCUUUUAGUAUGAUCUGCAAGAAGGUUGAAGAGGGGUUCCGUCAGUCCACUAGUAGCAGUGGCCAGCAACCCCCAGUUUCAUUACGUCUAUUAAUUCCUGCCAGCCAAUGCGGGCCCCUGAUUGGCAAAUCUGGAUCCAAGAUCAAGGAGCUGCGCGAGGCCACCGGAACGACUGUUCAAGUUGCCGGAGAGCUACUGCCAAAUUCGACAGAGCGUGCAGUCACUAUUUCUGGUACUUCGGAUGCACUCUCUCAAUGUCUAUAUCGCAUUGCGUGUGUCAUGCUCGAAAAUCCAGUUCGUGGUCCAACAAUUCCUUACCGGCCACGUCAGACUAACAGCGUACCGGCUGCCACACCACCCUUUUUAGGAUUUCCACCCACGUUUACACUAAAUGACCCAUUUGCACUGGGAGUUCAGCCACCUGUUUUACAGAUGAAGCCUUUGGCUAGCGAUUAUGUCAGCGCAGACCCGCUUCUUUACAACUCUGCAGGUCCGAUGACAACAGCCGGUCAUCCCACCAAUUUUGACAUGUGUAUACCAAAUGAGCUGGUCGGCUGUGUCAUUGGUCGCGGUGGACACAAGAUAUCCGAAAUCAGACGGCAAUCUGGAGCAUCAAUUAAGAUUGGCAACAUUGUUGCCAACUGUCCUGAUCGUCGUAUCACUGUGACUGGCACAACAGAGUGUGUGACCGCCGCACAACACCUUAUCUCCGCACGGUUGCAAGCUGAACUUGCUAAUAAGCAUGUGACGCAUCCCGAUGUGAUGUCAACGAUGAUUCUGCCGCACAACGUCAACGGUGUCGGUGGUUCAAACGGCAUGCAUAUGCUUCCCAAGCAGGACCAUCACAUUCUCCCAUCGAUGCAGCCUAUGCAUACCCCCUCUGGUCUCCCACUAGCGGCAGGACCAGACAAUGGUCAGUCUGUACAAGCAUAGAAACAAUAGGUCUUUUUUUCAUUUUUAGUGAUUUCUAACCAACAUAUAUCAUAAAAAGCAUAUUAUGUAACUUGAAGAAAAUAAAACAAUACUUUCCUUUUUCUUCCUUUUUUGUUCUUUUUAACCUGUCUGUUUUAUCUUUUUAAGGUGUCUGGUCGUGUUUUGGUAUGUUUUCGUGUGUUUUUUUUUUGCAAGUCUUGGUCGUGUUUACCGUAUUGGUCGGUGUCUCCUUUCCCUUUUUACGGUAUUGUGUAGUAUUUCUAAAUUAAGCGUGUAGCUGCUAGCUUUCACCGAACAGAGCAGAGCUUUAGCCGUGUAUCAUUGUAAGAGAUGAUUUAUUUUUAAUUUGGAAGGAUUGAGCAGUAUUGCUUUUAUCUGGCAAAUACAGGUAUGACCGAUACAAUGCACAGAAUGCAAUUGUCGGGAAUUGAUCCGCAUGUUGCUACAUAAAUAUUAUGUGCCCAACGCCACAACAUA